AUGGCUAGAAUAAUAGAAACAUUCGAAAAAGACGCAGCAUUCAGAGGCAUCACUGGUGGAUUUGAGUCUGCAGUAACCACACCUAUAAAGGCUACAGCAGCAGUCUCCCUCCCUGUUACAUUACCUGAUCUGGCUGGUUGGACUCCUGUAAAUCAAGCUGCAGAUGUUGAUGUCGACUGCUCAGAUGCAGUGGUUGUGGCAACCUUUGAUCGUCAACCACACGAAACACACAUAGAGGGAGCCACAAUAAUUCUUGAUUCUCAACAGACGAUGACAGCCACUGCAAUGACUGCCCCAAAAUCUCCAGCCAAAAAGAAGGCCAAACUGUGCAAAGUCACUGGUGCCAGGAAAGCACAUGCGAAGGGUCUGCUGACAGACGCCAUGUGCCGACAGAAGACUCAGCAGGAUGUAUUUAACAUGCAGCUUGAGGUCCUUGAGGCAACUCUUGUUACGCAGAAGGCCACAACACGUACUCAGGAAGUUCUUCAGAAAGAGGCUGGCCUUCGAAUAGAAAAGCUACAGCUGGAGAUUGCUCUGCUGAAGGAAAAGGAGUUCUUGGGUCUGUCGGGCAUUGAACUGUAAAUUUAUGUGUAAAUAGUAUCUAUGUUUAUAGGAUUUGAAUUUUUUAAAUAUUAAAUAUAUUAAAUAGUAAAUAUAUAGUAAAUAUCAAGUUAUUUAAAACACAAAGGGAAUGUAUCAAAAUUAGAAGCUACAGUGUCAGUGACAUGAUGAAAAUGUUAUGGUAUAUUUCUUACGCGAGUGUUGAUUAUGCAAUACAUAUAGUUAUAGUUUUUAAGUUUGAAAUUGGAAAAUUCACUGGCUGUAGCUUCCACUGUUUUGAUAUAUCCCCUCACUCAGGUUGCAGUGGAUCACAGUCAAUUAAGCAAAGUAGCGAUUGGCGAGGUAGUCCCUGUAAACACUGCCAGAGUUUGGGCCAGCAUACUCCUCAUCAUCAUCUUCAUCAUCUUCUUCGUCAUUACUGU